AUGUCUCAAUACGCUAUAGAGCUUUGCUGUUUGAUAAUAGAUGACUUUUUUGGACCAGUAGUAGCAACAACAGUUAAAACACUUCUUUUUCAUGGCAGACUGUCACUUUCAGAGAUUUGUAAAAUAUCGGAAUUGCAUCCUAAAUCUGUUAAAGAAGCUCUUGUUGUUUUAAUACAGCAUCAUUUUGUGCUUUUUUCUACAACAUAUGAUGGUCUUUGUGAAUUAACAUACUAUGAAGCAACAUGGAAAGAAAUUCUUAAUUUAUUACGAUAUGGAAAGGAGAUAUUGAUUGUUUCUCAAAAAAUAUCAAACGAAGCAAGAAAAUGUCUUUCUUAUGCUGGUGAGAUUCUUAAAUAUAUUCAUUAUUAUGGAAAAGUAAAAGUGCACAACCUUUAUAAUGUAUUUUGCCCAUCAAAAAACAAGAAUAGCAAAACAUAUAUAUCCAUUCAAUCUACGAUAACGAAAAUGUUGCAGCAAAAAUAUCUUCGAGUUGUUUUGCCUCAUCAAAUUAAACCGGAGUAUGAUCUUCAAAAUCAAUUAAAAAACGAAGAACUUGAGAAACUUCGUUUUUAUGGAAUGGGGGAGGCAAAAAGGGACAAAGAAGCAUUGAAAAAUAUGCAAAAGCGUCUUCAGAUUUUAAAAGAUGAAGAAAUGGACCCAAAGUUAGGAUUAGUAAAAAAAGAUAUCAAUUCUACUGAGCGAAAAUUUAAAAAACAAAAAAAAACAGACGAACUGACUUAUAUUGUAGAUGAAAAAGCUAUUCUAAGAGUUAAUCAUGAAAAAUUUGUUAAUAUAUAUCGCAAUGCAGAUCUUUUACAUCUUGUAGAAAAUCGUAUAGGAAAAGUGACAGCGCAAGUGUAUCAACAUAUAUUAGAGCAGCUUGAAAUUCAAAGUAAUAAUUGUUGUGAAGAAGCGGAUACAAUUGCAACCAUAAGUAUUUUAGAAACAUUACCAAAUGAUAUAGAUCUAUCUAAAACAUUCAUUACUGUCCUAAAUAAUGAAACUCAAUCUAUAGAAAACGUAUCUAAAAAAGAAAAUGUAUCUUUAAAUAAUUAUUAUUCAGAGAAGAUUUCAGAUAGUACAAUGAUUGAUAUCAAUGAGUUUUCUAAUAACUUUUUUGAAAAUGAUAUUAACAGAAUUGAAGAUAUAAAUUAUAGAGAACGUUUAAGACAUAUUAUUCAGCACCUUGAAGCUUUAUCUAAAGAUUCAUACGCAUUUCUUUUGAAAGUAGAAACUAAGCACUUUGGAAAAUGGAAAGUGGACUAUAAACAAAUGUCUCAUUUACUUCAAGAAUUACAAUACGAAGAAGUAAUUGAACAUAGAUUUGGUUAUGUUGCUACAAGACUUCUUCGAAUUAUUCGUGAAAAGGGAAAACUUGCUUCUAUUGCUUUUUUAAAACAACAAAAUAUUCGUCCUAUUCUUAUGGGGUUAACAGAAGUUGGUGCUCUUGAUAUUCAAGAAAUCCCUCGUAAAUCUGAAAGACUACCCUCUAGUAUUUUUCUAUUAUGGUUUCACAAGUUCAGUAGGGCAAAAUCUAUCCUGAUAGAUAAUAUUUAUCAAGAAAUAUCUUAUUGUCAUCGACAUUUAAAAAAUGAGCUGAAACAACGAGAAAAAUUAUUAGUGAAAAUUGAAAGAACAGAUGUACAAGAACAUGAAAAAGAGCUUCUUCCACUUAAUGAACAACAAGAAUUAAUUAAUGUUAGAGCUAUGGAAGAAAAAAUUUUAAUACAAAUAUUCCGACUUGAUAGAAUAGUCAUGAUAUUAAGAGACUAUUAA